GGGAACACAGACUGACAUAAUAUUUGCAUAUUAUAAACUAGUUUCUCUUCCUGUUUCUCCAGCCAGCCUUGAGUCUGGUACACACACAGAAUCAGCACAGAUUGGGAACAUUGCUUGAUUUGGGGCACUUUUCUCUCCACAGCAAGGUUAGUACUGGGGGACUGAACUAACAUGUGGAUCACUUUAAUUUUGGUGGUGGACCUUUAACCUGGAUAUCAAGCUCAUAUUUUAAAAGUAGGUUAAAGGAGAUACCAGGUAAUGCGAGCUACAAUAUGUGCAUUGGUGUUGUCACAGCUCCAUAGCUCUGGUGUCCUCUUGGUGUUAUAGUAAAUUAGCAUGUGUGGUUUAUAUAAAAUCAGAACUAUCUGAACAGUACGUCACACACUAGAUUCAGCAUUAGGAGUACCUGAAUGUGUAUCUAGAACACGAUCUCCGCACACACAGAUACAUAAAAAAAACUUUAUUUAAAAACUGCUGCUGUCUGUACACACCUUUCAUUUUUUUUCACAGAACUUGUGAAAGAUAUUUGGGCAAGCAUCCAAUAAGAGCUAGUAUUCCCUGCAUUAAAAGCCAGCUCCCUGUAACAUAACACAUUUUGGCUUUGAAAGGUAAAUACACAAAAACAAGUCCUGCGCUCAGACUCCCACUACUCCUGGGCGGCAACAAUGACCAUAGUACACAUCAGCCCCAAUACAUACAACAAAAACCAAAGAAAAGGGUUACUUGUGCAUAUUUAAAUAACUUAAGGUUAUUAGUAUCACUCUAAUGGCCAUUAGAUUGUAAGCUCAUCUGCCACAUCAAGGUAAGCCUCUUAGGUGAGUCCUACACUAACAAUUUACCUUGCUAAAAAAAAUCUCUAAUGAGACAGAGAGGGGUAUUUUUUCUAAAUCCCUAUAUACUUAUUAACCCUUGAUGUGGCAGAUAGGCUUACAAGCUAAUGGCCAUUGGAGUGAUGCUAAAAACCUCCAGUUAUUUAAAUACGCAUAGGAAUUUGGGAAAGUUUGCAAGUAACUCUUUUUCCAGAGGCACAAAAGACCCCCAUUAUCAAACAAUGUAACAAUUUCCAAAAUCAAGUACAUGUGCUUAUGGUUAAUGGCAAUACUAUUGUUUACAGACCAAAAUGAUUUAUCAGAAAUACUUAUUUUUUUUUUUACAGAUUGUUAUAAUACUACCAGGGUUAUUCACUGAACUGUGAAUUGUCUAGAAAUCAGCAGGACAGUUGCCUAACAGGAGCAAUUUUGCAAGUUAUGCUUCCAAGUCAUGUCCCCUAUUUUGGUUUUAAAUGUGCAAUAUCCUGGUUAAUUUCUGACAAUUCUCAGUUUAGUGAAUGGCCUAUUUGUAUCUAACAAUGCAUGAUCAGAUUUAAUCAGUAAAUAGUGAAUUGUCAGCAAUAUUCUAAGCACAGAAUGAUUGGACACGUUUGCUGACUACAACGUCUGCAGAUCUACAAGUUGGUACUAUACAUAAAAUAUGAGACAGGAGAGAUGAUUCACCUUUAUCAGGCAGUGAUAGUGAGAAACUAGGAUCUUUAUUAUUGUUAAAGUAACACUACAAGAACCAUAACUACAGACAUUGUAGUAGUUAUGGUCCUAGGAGUGUCUUGACACCAUCCCAGGGUAAUGUGUCAAAUGUUUUAGUACUGUUUGACAACUUACCUGAGUACCCCGGUUAGGAGAAGCUGGAUGUCUCUGUGCAGGUAGGCACGGCCAAUCCAGGAGCGCACUCAUUGGCUCAGCUAAUAAUCUCUGUAGGCAUGGUCCUGCAUGACGCUGAUUAGCUUAACAAUACCUGAACAUGUGAUAAAGUAAUUUAGCGUCAAGUCAGAUACACCUCAACACACAAUCCUGAGACAUAGGAUGUCCUACGCUACAUAAAAAAUAUGUAUGAUCAGUCCUUAAAGGACAUACUCGUUUUCCUGGCACUAUAGUGCCCUGAGGGUGCCCCCACCCUCAGGGACCCCCUCCUGCCGGGCUGGAUGGCAAGGAAAGAGGUUAAACUUACCUUUAUUCCAGCACCGGGCGGGGAGCUCUCCUCCUCCUCUACGCCUCUUCGCUGGCGUCUUCUCACUGUGAUUUUCUCAGUGAGAAGCACGCAAACGCCUCUAGCGGCUGUCAAUGAGACAGCCACUAGAGCCUUUAGAGGCUGGAUUAACCCAUUUAUAAACAUAGCAGUUUCUAUGAAACUGCUAUGUUUAUUAAAAAAAAGGGUUAAUCCUAGAGGGACCUGGCACCCAGACCACUUCAUUAAGCUGAAGUGGUCUGGGUGCCUAGAGUGGUCCUUAAACAUGAAUAAGUAUAUAGUCUGAAACCAGACAAAGGAUAAACAGGGACAGGCCAAGGUCAAGGAGUGCAGAGAUGUGGAUAAAUGAAAAACAAAGCCAAGGUAUAGGAUUCCAGAAUAGAGUAUAGGAUUCCAGUAUAGAGAACAAAAUAGUCUUUAUUGACGUCAGAAUGAUGCUCAAUGUCUGCCCAUAUGAGAAUGUCCUCAUCAAAAAUUAUGUAAGAGUGAUGCGUGCAUCUUCGACUUGAAGAUGCUGGAGUCAUAACAGGUAUAUGUGAUUACAUUAAAACCCUGGGAUGUGAUAAGAUCAAUGCCAUCAAUGCAUCAGGAUGAGAUAACGUCAAUACUCUAGGAUGUGAUAUCAAUACCUUAGCAUGUGAUAACAUCUAUAGCUUAGGUCAGGGCAUGAUAAUAUCAAUAUUCUGGAAGAUAAUAACAUAAGUACCAUAAAAGCUUGAUAACUUCAUUAGCACAGGAUAUGGCUUGAUAAAAUUCAGACCCGUGGAUAGAGCGCAAAAAUUCAAUGUAUCCUUUCUGGUUAAAAAAAUCUGGUUUGUUUAUUAUUAGUUUUCUUUUUAGUACUGCCUUGGUUGGUUUUACUGGAACUGCUCAUGUUUCUCUCUGAAUGUUGUUGUUUUUUUUUUCAACUUGCUAUUUUAGGAUGAACAAUAGCUUGCCAGAGGAGAAUGAUGAGUCCCAAUACCCAGACAAACUCUUUUCUGAAGACUAUGACACCGGAAACAAUUCAGUGAAUGUCUACAACGGUGCUACUGCACAGUCAGUUCCUUCCCAUCAUAACAUGGCUAACAAACAGCAGAAAUAUCCAUCUAGCAAAGACACUGGGUAUACCUCCCAGGUUAAUGAUGUAAUGGGUCUUGAAAACCUGGAACCACCAGACUCGCUCAUGUCAGAAAGGAACAUGGAGGAUUUUGGGCCUUUUAAUCCCAGGAACUGUAUGACAGGUAAGUCAACAUCCACUUGCUAUACAUAUAUAAAACCCGUAAUCAGUAAUAUAGCUAAGCAGCUAAUUAGAUUGCAAAAAGACAUAAAUACAUCAACUAGAAAAAUUCCAUCUACAUCUACCAUUGUGUACUAAUGGAGAAGGCAUUGCUAAACUUAAAGGGGAACUAUAGUCACCAAAACAACUUUAGCUUAAUGAAGCAGUCAUAGUGUAUAGAUAAUGCCCCUGUAGUCUCACUGCUCUGUUCUCUGCCAUUUAGUCUUUAAGUCAUUUAUGUUUCUGUUUAUGCAGCCCUAGUCACACCUCCCCUGGCUGUGACUCACACAGAAUGCAUAAAAAAUAUGGUUUCACUCUCAAUCAGAAAUUACUUUAGAUGUUUUAAUAUCCUGCUCUGCAAAUUGAACUUGAAUCACACAGGAUGCUCCUGCAGAUUCUAGAGGGCGAUUAUUAACAGAACAGUAGAUAAGAAAUUCUAAAUUAAACAGAAUGUGUAAAAAGUAAGUUUAGAAAGGCUGUGUACGUCACAUAUAGGAAUGUGUGGCUAAGGCUGUAUAAACAAAGUAAUUUAACUUCUAAAUGGCAGAGAAACGAGCAGUGAGAAUGCAGGAGAAUGCAUGAUCUACACACAAAAACUGCGCCACUAAGCUAAAGGUGUUUUGGUGCCUAUAGUAUCCAUUUAACAGUUUGGGUUAUUUACCAGAGUGUGUUUUGUUUGGAAUUUAAAGCAAAUUCAAAUUUUUAGCCAAAGUUGUUGACUAGAGAAUAUUCUCCAAGUGAUCGAUAUUUUAAGUUCAGCCACUGUGGCCUAAAAUUUUAAAUUCAUUUCAUGAAACACUUCCAAAAACAUAACAUACAGGGAUAUAAUUUCUAAUAAGUGGGGUAAUAGCUGCAUGAUCCAAGGAGAUAUCUGACUGCCAUUUUGUGGUCAAGAAGGAAUUUUUCCCUAGUUUGUUGCAAAAUUAGAAGCACUUCAGACUGUGUUUUUUGCCUUCUUUUGGAUCAACAGCAAAAACAAACACGUUUUCAUGGCACUAUAUCUUCCCCUUCUGUCAAGGCCCCCUCCCUCGGCGCUGACGGGGUUAAUAACCCAUUCAGUCACUUAUCUGGGUCAAGCGCUGAUGUCCUUCGGCGCUGGCUCAGCUCCGUCCACUCUACUCCCCCACUGCCGGCUGCUGGUGGGGGAGACCUAAUGUGUAUGCGCGGCAAUGGCUGUGCGCACGCAUUAGACCUCCCCAUAGGAAAGCAUUAUACAAUAUUUUCCUAUGGGGAUUCCGGCGACGCUCGACGUCCUCAUGCAGAGCGUGGUGACGUUGAACGUCAUUUAAAACACUUUUGGUGCUCUAAGAACACAGAUGCACCAUCUAGCGGCUGUCUAAAGGUGGGAUUAAAUCACAGUGAGAAGACGCUGAACGUCCAUAGGGAAGCAUUGAGUAAUGCUCUCCUACGGGCAGUUUGAAUGCGCGCGCAGCUCUUGCCACGCAUGCGCAUUCGGAGCUGAGAGGCGGAUCGGGGAGAUCCCCAGCGCCAAGGGAGUCCGGCGCUGGAGAAAGGUAAGUGCUUAAGACACACACACAUACUCUCAUGAACAGACGCAUACACACUAGCUAACAGACACACACAUUUACUGACAGACACACACUCACUGACAGACAGACACACUCACUCACUUACAAAACACACACUCUAACACUAACAUACACACACUAACACACACACACACACACACUCUCUAACACACUAACACUAACACACACACACACACUUUGAUUGUUCAGUUUGUCAGUAACAUAAACUUGGUCCUUCUCCAUAAACUAUUUCUCCAAUACACAGCAAUUUUUUGUAGUUUAUCUAAAAGAGAAUAAAUUUGAUAACAAAAGUAUAAUUAUCAAUAUGAGAAGUGUGCAAUUAGACAUCAUUCUGGAUUGGGGGUAUGAUGCAGGGAGUAUAUUGGUGGUGGGUUAACUCAACUUUUUGUACAUUCUACUAAAAUUAACAAGGAACAUAUAACAAGUAACAUUUGUGUCCCUAUUAAAUUUGUUAUAUUUGGACAUCUAUAGAUACAAAGUAUAAGUGGAGCGCAUAGGUAGAUAGUGAUCUCAAAUCAGAUCAGAUCUUCAAUCCCACCAACUUUCCGAUCAAGGAACAGAGAAGGACUGGUACACCAACAUCUAGUCUCCAGUAUCCCUUACAUACGCUGGGACCGGGCUGGCAGUGUGAAAGACAUCUCCCUGCAUUUGGCUAUUUGCCAUACCACCUUGUGUGAGUAGCGGUAUCUAAAACCGCACAUACUCACUUUCUUUUUUAUCUUGUAAGCAGCUGCAAUAUUAAUGGUUUCAUUUGUUUAUUUUGUACAAUAAAUUGUUAUCUUAUUAUAGAUCCACAAGCUUGUCGUACAGACUAUACUAUUAUCUAUUUUUUUGACUUUCUCUUUUUCUCUGUGUACAUGACUACCCAUAAAAAUCCUCAUGAGAAAUAUUAAAUAUUCAUAUGUACAUCUGCACUUUAUAUGCACUAUCUGAUUUAAGAUCACUAUCUACCUACGCACUCCACUUAUACUUUGUAUCUAUAAUUGCUCUCUAUUUUGUGCUGAUCACCUUUUGGGGGCUCCAGCACCUGAGUGUGUAGCUGCAUUCUUUAUAUGAUUUUAUUAUAGAGUAAUAUUAAUACAUUUAUACGAUCACUUUCUAAAGAGUGGAUUUUUCCCAUUUUUCUCUCUUUUUGAAUGCCUUUUAGCACUUUUACUACUCUGUAUUUUUUCUAAUAUUUGGACAUCUGGACUAAUUACUGUAUUUUCAUAUCUCUUAGACAGGGUGUCUCGCCAGCAAUGGGUUCAUCCCCCUAUGCAACCACAGAAUGUCUGUAGGCCAUGUCACCUCCCAAAUAUGCGGUAUGUACAAGGUAGUUUAUUGCAGUUAAUAGGAAAUAUUUUCUGUCUGGAAUUUGCAAUUCAGACUCCACGUGAGUAGGGCUGCCAUCAGAAAUGUUGGGGCCCCCGACAAAGCUCAAGGUCUGGGUCACCGGGAACCCGCCCACAAGUCUGUGCACAUGGCUCUUCCUGAGUCCGCCCCAAUGAUGCAAGACUGAAUGUGGUGUGUGUAUAGUGGAUGCAGAAUUAGAAUGUGUGUAAUAGAUGCAGAGAGCAUGUGUAAUGGAUGUAAUGUGUAUGUGUAUUAGAUACAGUGUGUGCAGCUAAAGCAGAAUGUGGGUUUUUGUAGUGGAUGCAGUGUGUAUAGUAAACGCAGAGUGUGUGUUUGUGUAGUGGAUGUAGUGUGUGUGUAUUAGACGCAGUGUCUGUGUAUAGUGAAUGCAGAGUGUGUAUAGUGGAUGCAGAGUGUGUGUUACUGUAGUGGAUUUGGAGUGUAUAGUAAAUGCAGAGUUUGUGUUAGGGCUGUGGAUGCAGUGUGUGUGUAAUGAAUGCAGAGUGUGUGUAUAGUGGAUGCUGUGAUAGUGAAUGCAGUGUGUGUGUAGUGGAUGUAGUGUGUGUAUAGUGGAUGCAGAGUGUGUGUUACUGUAGUGGAUGCAGAGUGUGUGUUUGUGUAGUGGAUUCGGAGUGUAUAGUAAAUGCAGAGUUUGUGUUAGGGCUGUGGAUGCAGUGUGUGUGUAAUGAAUGCAGAGUGUGUGUAUAGUGGAUGCUGUGAUAGUGAAUGCAGUGUGUGUGUAGUGGAUGUAGUGUGUGGAUAGUGAAUGCAGAGUGUGUGUAGUAUAUGUUCUGUUAGCGUAGUGAAUGCAGAGUCUGUGUUAGUGUAGUGAAUGCAGAUUGUGUAUUAGUGUAGUGAAUGCAGAGUGUGUGUUAGUGUAGUAGUGGAUGCAGAGUGUGUAAGUGUAGUGAAGGCAGAGUAUGUGUUAGUGUAGUGAAUGCAGAGUCUGUGUUAGUGUAGUGGAUGCUGAGUGCAUGUUAUUGUAGUGAAUGCAGAUUGUGUGUUAAUGUAGUGGAUACAGAGUGUGUGUUAGUGUAGUGGAUGCAAAGUCUGUGUUAGUAUAGUAAAUGCAGAUUGUGUGUUAAUGUAGUGGAUACAGAGAGUGUGUUAGUGUAGUGGAUGCAGAGUGCGUGUUAGUGUAGUGGAUGCAGAGUGUGGGUUAGUGUAGUGAAUGUAGAGUGUGUGUGUUCGCACACUGCGUCUGUACAUUACAGCUCCUUGAUCUCAUUAACUCUUGCGUGCUUUGCUUGAGUGCCGCAUGUAGCUUUGCCAUUGGAAACCGUGCCAACGCUCUGACAGGUGCACGUCUUGCGAGAGUUAGAGAGGAGCUGUAAUGUACAGACACUUGUGCUGGGCCCCUCUGCUGUAACAGGGAGCUGGUGGCCCGCAGUUGCACAUAUAUAUAGCGAUAAUCGACCGUUAUGGUUGUCACCCCCAGAUGGCAGCCCUGCAUGUGAGCCUGAAUUAGGUCUGGAUUUCAGCCAGACUGAAUGAUGCUGGAUGGCCAAAAUCCAGACAGGACAACUUCAAUUCUGGGCAUGGAUUUAAAAAAAAAAUCCAAACUAUUUGCCCUCUUGGUGCUGCGAUUUUAACCAUGUGGCAUAUGGCAAGCAUUUUGUUAGACAGCUGGUACAUUAAAAAAGUUAAAAUAAAUAAAUAAAUAAAUAGCCUACCGGGGUCAGUAAACCUCAUAUAAUAAGGGAUGCUAUAAACCUUGCUAUGUCCCCCACCUGCCAAAAUAUUUUCAUUAAUUAUUAUCAUGAUCUUUAAGGCUGUGGCUAAGCACAACUAAAUUAAAAUGUAACAUUUAUUAUUCUUCAGAGACUUUAGGGCACAUGAUAGUAUGCAUCAUCCGGGGGUCAUUCCACAUCAUACUCCUCAAAACAAUGGACACGUUAUUCAACAAAGACCGGUGAUGAGUGAUCAACGAUUUCCAAGUGAUCUACGGGUAGAACUGAGAGAGCCUCCAAAUCAUUUUGAAGAUCGGUGUAAGUUUUUUCUUUCUUGUACUGCUUUUAAAGUCAAUAUAUGAUGUAUUCGUUUAGAUAUGGUUUUAUCUUAAAUUCCCGGUUUUACUGGUGAAAGUUUACAGAUGUGUCAUAAGGUAUCAGAAAAUAAGCUGUCUGGAAGCGGGUCUCUGUUGCAUGAAUUGUAGUUUUCUCAACUGAAAUAAAUUAGUUUAUUUUUUUUCACAACGGAUUAACUACAUGACUCUGGAUAUACACUUGGCGGGUGGGGUGGCCUACAGCGAGUUUGCAACCACAAACCACAUGGCCCAGAAAGGAUCUGCAGAGGUCCUGCAAAGCGUAGCACUGACAUGACAGCUAGAGGAAGGGACAAGAGCUUAGCAGAGGCAUCCUAGGUGUAAGGGAAUGAGGUAGGAGAAACAGCGACCGACGCGCAGGACGCCAGACGUAUAUCUAGUUGGGCAAGAUAGAUAGUAAAAGUACUUGCCCCUAUGCCCGGGGGAAUCCCAAAGGGAAAAAGGAGAGCCGAUGGGCAGACCUUCCUAGGGGUGAGAAAGAGGCUCUUGUUUAGGGACCUCAAACGCAUGCAUGCAGACAUAGCGUUUUUACAGGAAACACAUCUCAAUAGAGCACACAACACCCUACUGAGAGACAGGCACUUUGAUAGGAUAUACACAUCACCGGCUACAAGCAAACACAAUGGGGUAGCAAUGCUACUCCACAAGAAUUGUCAACUACAGGUGACUAACACACUAACGGACGGAGAGGGACGGUACACCCUGGUCUCGGGCGCAAGGGGCCACACGGGUUCAGUGGCGGUUACUACAAAACCUUUGGUAACUUACUUAUACCUCACCUCUAGCAGGUGUUCAGAGAGGCCGGGAGAUGAGAUCAGUGAUCCAGGACAUGACCAUGGCCAAUAUAGUGCUACUCCCCAAAGACGAUAGGGACCCAACGGUGGUGGGAAACUACAGACUGGUUUACCUCAUUAACACUGACAUGAAAGCAAAGAUUCUCGCAGAGAGGCUGAUGACCAUGCUCCCCCAUUUAAUCCAUGCGGACCAGGUGGACUUUAUGCCCUGUCGACAACUAUAUGAAAACACCAGAAGAGCAGUUGACCUCGUCUGGCAUGCAGAUGAGGGUCGGACGCCUUCUCUGAUCCUAUCAUUGGACGCGGAGAAGGCGUUUAACAGGGUCCGGUGGCACUACCUCUUCGGACUUUUGGGCCACUGGGGAUUCCCCAUACCCUUUAUCAUGACAAUCAGUGGGGUGCAUGGAUCACCUUUCAAUAUAUACAAAGGGGGCCCGCUAUCGCCGGUUCUGUUCGAUCUCUACCUAGAGCCUAUGCUCCACCUAAUACGGAAGAACAAAGCAAUACAAGGCAUAAGAAUGGGGGGGGAGCUACAAAGCGGCCGCAUACGCCGAUGAUGUCCUGGUUACAAUACAAAACCCCUCUUGAUCACUACCAACCCUAAUGGAGAUACCCUCCACUUACGGAGAACACUCUGGCUACAAAAUUACGAUAAAUUCUCAGUCAUUCCGUUCCACGCAGAUCACACAGCGCUUCAAUCAGGAUACAACAUAAAACUCACCACAUUCUUCGAAUACCUGGGAAUCACACGCCAGCCUCACACACAGAUAUGGAGAGCAAAAAACGGGUCGCAAGAGUAUUCUGAGAACGGACAGCAGCUAAAAUAGCCUGCCCUUCGGUGGGUCCCUGCUCAGAACUCAAGCUGGUUUUAGGUCAUCUUGUGCCAUUCUUGAGCGAACAUAUCUGAAGCAUAUCAGACAGGUCCCACCCAUACGGGCAGUCCAGAUCCGAAAUGCCAGCAAGUUCUCUCUGCACGAGAGAUACAGCAACCCCAGACAAUCGUUUCAGCCUUGUUAGGCAUCAUCAGUGAGGCAUAGCUGAUAUCUCUCUAGGCACCUUGAGCAAGGGGUCCACGUCUGGAUUACCCUUUAAACUAAUGGAGAGCAAAAAAACAGGUCGCAAGAGUAUUCUGAGAACGAACAGCAGCUAAAAUAGCCUGCCCUUCGGUGGGUCCCCGCUCAGAACUCAAGCUGGUUUUAGCUCAUCUUGUGCCAUUACAGAGAGAACAUAUCUGAAGCACAUCAGACUGGUCCCACCCAUACGGGCAGUCCAGAUCUGAAAUGCUAGCAAGUUCUCUCUGCACGAGAGAUACAGCAACCCCAGACGAUCGUUUCAGCCUUGUUAGGCAUCAUCAGUGAGGCAUAGCUGAUAUCUCUCUAGGCACACGCAGAUAUAGUGAACAGAAAAAAAAGGGUGAAAGCGCACAAACAGUGGAAUAUUUUACCUUUAAAAUCUUGUAUAGGUCCUAUUUUCAGCAACAGACAGACAGUAACUGUGGACCCUAUAUAUAAUAUAUACAAGAAAACAACAUAGUGUAUACUGUUGAAACCUAUUUACAAUAUGUGGAGAAACUUAUUACAAACAUCUAAGAGGAGGAUCAGAUCCAGUGUAUCCCUUGGUGGAUGAAAUACCUUUACAGUCCAGAGCCUAGCUUAUGUGGCUCUGGAAAGUGUGAGCGAACCUUUUUUUAUUCUCCACAUAUUGUAAAUAGGUUUCAACAGUAUACACUAUGUUGUUUUCUUGUAUAUAUUAUAUAUAGGGUCCACAGUUACUGUCUGUUGCUGAAAAUAGGACCUAUACAAGAUUUUAAAGGUAAACUAUUCCACUGUUUGGGCGCUUUCACCUUUUUUUUCUGUUCACUAAAUCUUUCAUUUGGUGUAAUAAGUGACUGUACACAGAGGUGUUUUUAAGCUGCACCAGUUGUAGUAUUUUGUGUAUAGCGCCCUUUUUCCUUCUAUUGUGUAUUUCUCACGCACAGAUAUAUUCGACGUACUACCGACCACUAGUAAAAACCUUACAGAUGGAAAUAGAACAAUGGCAGGAUAGACUGAUAUCUUGGAUAGGUAGAGUGCACAGCAUUAAAAUGAAUGUCCUGCCCAAAAUCUUAUUCCGUUUUCAAGAAUUAACUAUAAGGGUAAACCGAUAGACUCCUUCAUAUGGCACAAAACAAGACACAGACUGGCUAGGAACGUACUAUACAAACCCAAAAAUGGGGGGGGGAAGGGGGUUUGCUGGGACUUCCGCAUAUCUUGCUAUACUAUUAUGCAGCCCAACAGGCUCAAAUAGUACUUUGGCAUGCCCCACCGGGUGAACACAGAUGGGCAGACAUUGAAGCAGGUUUGCUGAAAUAUGAUAACCCUGAAAUGUACAUGUGGAUAGACAGACCCUGUAGGGCCCUUAUCCUCACAGAAUGCCAUAGAUCCUAAACUCCCUAGACAUCUGGGAUCUGUUACGCAGAAAAUACUCCCUGACCAGACCUCAGUCCCCAAAUGACGCCGAUCCUAUGCAACAGACAAUUCCUUUGAGAGAUGUGGUUAUAAAAAUAGAUGACAACUACAUAAUGGACGACCUAGCAGUGAGAGUGAAGCGCAUGGUGCCAGCCUUCUCCAAAACAUGAGCACCCUGGUUGGAGUAUAAAGAAACCUCACCAUGAGUGGGGGUUGAGUGGCGGGCAUCGAGGUGGCAACCUCUUUUUCCAUUUUUCCUUUUCUAUCCUGUACUUACUCCUAUCUCAUCUUCUUCUUGUAUCGGAGCGUCCUCUAAAUUACCCCUCAAGCAUAGCAAAAUAGGCUAAACGGUGCGUGAAUGGCGUGCAAUGACGUAGCUUUGAGACCCAGAGUCCCAUUGAGGGGCAAUCCAAAGGCAGAUACUGCCAUGGCAUGAAUCCAACCGGGGACGCCGCUGGAGCGCCCCGGCCGGUGGUCAUGGCCCCUCUGGUGCCAAGAAAGGAGCCUUGGCUAGGGGCCCAGUGGGGACUCGUGGGAGCCAAGGGGAUGGAGACACUGGAUGGUUCGAUUCUGAGAGCCAAAAAGCGGUGCACACAGACACGGAUGCAUGUCUUUUUCUUGGUAAGACAAAAGGUCUAAAACCUUGACAGAAUGCGUAUUAGCCACAAUACAUCUCAGCCAAAUCUACCUGAUCCAUGCUUUGGCUUUUGCAAAAGCCGUACUACUGUUGAUACAAUGUACUUUCUGUCAAUGAAAAAAAUUUGAAUUUAAAAAAAUAAAAAAAUUAGCCAAUAGGUGUUAUCAGCAGUUUUUCUGCUCCCGAGGAGCCAUUUAACAGUUCAGAUUGAUUUAAAACUGUUAAAAGCUUAUCGAAAACAGAAAAAUAUUGUUUCGCAUAAUGAAACCAAAGCCUAAAAAUUAAUAUUUUACAUUGAAAAUAAAGGCUUUGGUGAUUCACUUCCACCUUUUGUCUCCCCACCGUUACCCAUUAGUGGAGCAUGGGGGCUCUAUUAUUAAUAAAUGAGGCAAUGCCCCAGCCAAGCUCCCACACGUGGGUGAGGGCUCUAAUAUUAAUAAAUGGGAAGCGACCUAAUGCCCACACAAAUUUUGAGAAAUGUAUUCCUUGCCUGACAGAGCACUCUUGUGAAUAUGAUUUUUAUUAAUUUUGCGUAUUUAAAUUUGCGGUGAGACGCGCAGGUCUCCAUUGCAUGUUAUUAUAAAAGGUAACAAAUUAGGCUCGCAGGCCCCAUCACAGAAGGACUCGCAGGUCCCCAUUUUCUGGUAUUUACAUUUGUUUGGGAAUGUAAAUUAAGUAACGUUUACAUGAACUGAGUGAACAUAAUGCUUUGUAAUCUUCCUUGAACCAGAUUAAUCAGUCUUUGAUUAGGUGUCAGUGUUUGUAGGCCACCCCUAUGGUCCCUGUCCACGGCGUCUCAUCGGGCCCUGUGUUCUUAGCUAUGUGUCAUCGUCCGUGGUGGGCUUGUGUUUACCCCUGUUAUUACUAUCGGUGUUUCACGUGUUUAACCAGGGGAAUGGUGGUAUUGCGGGGAAAGGGUACCCUUACCUUGGGCGUGUGGAUACUGCAUUAGCCGUGUCAUUGCUGGGCCUGUCCAGGGUUCCCUCAGGUGUUCGCAUGUUUUGGCUUUGGGGUGUCUUCCCGGGCCGGUCUGGAUGUAAGUACUAGCUCGUGUUUGUUGAUCGUUCCCAAUUAUGUUUUCCCUUGUCGCUAUGGGUGCGGAGGGGAUGAUUCAGUCAAUGAUGAUGCUCUGGUAUUUCGCAGGGGGCAAGAGGGGGGGGAAUGUGUCUGGGUGGGAAGAAAGGAAGAAGGGGGGGGUAGUUCCGUCCAAUUCGUCUGUCGACCAUCUAGCAUCGUCUGGGGUGUGUGUUCUGAGUACUAUCUGUCUGUGUCGUGGUUCCCGUUAAUGUUAGGCCUGAGUUUUAAUUGGAACUCUUCUUUUGCCGUCUCUAGAAUCCAGUGCGUCCAGAUGCUCAUGUAGGUAGUGGGUGUAGUGUUGGCCGUCAUGGUCAGUUCCUCUAUCGACCUUAGUUCUUCCAUUUGGCUAAACCAGGUCGAGAGUGGAGGUGUAAGUGUUUGUUUCCAGAAUUGGGGGAGCACUCGUUUGGCCACGUUAAGUAUUCUAAUGGUCAUGGAUUUUUUGUAUUUGGAUCGGGGAACUGUUGUGUGGUGUAGGAGCAUCGCUGCCGGUUCCAGGGGGGGGGGGGUGCGUCCGCGAACUUCUCUAGCAUUUUGUGUAUCCUCUUCCAGUAUGGUUGGAUCAACGCGCAAUCCCACCAGAUGUGUUUUGUGGUACCCACCUCUCGUUCACAUCUCCAGCAGAGUCUGGAGUGUUCUGGGUUUACGUGGUGAAGGAGAUGUGGUGUCCUAUACCAAUGUGUUAGAAGCUUGUAGGCCGUUUCCUGUGUUUUGCUGUGAGUGGAACAGUGGUGUGUAAGGUAGCAGAUGGUUUCCCAUUCUGCUUCCGUUAGUGUGUUACCCAGGGCUGUUUCCCAUUUUCCCAUGAAUAGCGGUGUCUCGGACGGGGUUUCUGAUUGGAGCAUGGAAUAUAAGAAGGACACUCCAUGCGGGAGCGGGUCUGGGUGUGAGCUGACCACUUCUAUCGUGGUCUGGUCUCUGGCCAGUGCUGGUCCCUGCGGCAGGGAGUGGAUGUAAUUGGUCAGUUGGGCAUGUCGGAAGCGGUGCAUAAAGGUCGGGGGCGUCUCUCCCAUCAAGUCCGUUAGUGUUUUACAUUUCCCACCUUGGAGGAAGUGGUGUAGGCGUGGGGUUCUGUCUGGGAAGAUGUGUUUGAGGGUUCCAGGGUCCAGACCCGGCGGGAAGUCCUCGUUGUGUGUCAGGGGCAGGAGGGGGGAGGGGUACGGUGCCAUAUUCCCUUUCUUUGCGGCCUUCCUCCAAACUCUCAUAGUGUGUCUCGUGUAUAUGGACAUGUCACCUCUAUCGGUUGUGUCUCGGCCCCAGGGAAGCCCCGAGAUCGGUCUGCCUGCUUCUGCCUCUUCCACUGUCUUCCAUAGUUUGUGAACUCCGUCUUUAGACCACUCCAUGAUUCUCUGCAGGUGUGUGGCUACGUAGUACUGGUGGAAGUCUGGGAGGGCUAGUCCCCCUUUGUCUUUAGGACGUGUCAGUGUGGAAUAUUUCACUCUGGGCCUCCUCCCGUUCCAUACGUAUUUUAUCAUUUCUUUUCUGAGUGUGUUAAAGAAGGGGCCUGGUAUGACAGUGGGGAUGGCCUGGAAGAGGUAUAAGAGGCGCGGAAGGAAGUUCAUUUUUAUGACCUGCACUCUCCCGAGCCACGAUAUGUGCGGGUAGGACCAUUCCCUCAAGUCUCGUUGGAACGUGUGUAGUAUAGAGGCGAAGUUGUCCCUAUACAGGUCUCUGCUCUGCUUGGUCAGCCAUACCCCUAAGUAUCUAAUUUUUUGUUCGGCCCAUUGAAAGGGGAAGCUGCGUCGUAGCGGGUCCGCGCGUGUGGCGGGGACGCUAACAUUAAGGAUGUAGGAUUUGCCGUAGUUAAUUUUAAGGUUAGAUAUAGCGCCAAAUGUCCGCAGGUCUUUCUGGAUGUUUGGGAGGGUGAUCUCGGGGUUGGUCACCACGAAAAGUAAGUCAUCCGCGUACGCCGCUACCUUGUGGUGUAUUUGGCCUGUCGUCCGGCCCGUUAUGUCUGGGUUGUGGCGGAUGUGUGUGAGGAAUGGUUCCAGGGCGAGAGCGAACAGUAGCGGCGAGAGGGGACAUCCCUGUCGCGUGCCGUUGUGUAUGGUAAAGGUCUCAGUCAGCGCCCCGUUAACUAAUACCUGGGCCGUCGGUGCUCGGUAUAGCGCCUCUAUCCAGCGUCGAAUGUGGGGACCCAGCCCCAUGUGGGAUAGCGUCUCGAAGAGGUAGUCCCAGCUCACUCUAUCGAAGGCCUUCUCUGCGUCCGUGGACAACAAGAGGAGGCCUCCGUCCGUGCCCCCACCUCCGUGCAUAAGUGUGAGCGCUCUGAUGGUGUUGUCGCGUGCCUCACGUCCUGUCACAAAUCCCACCUGGUCGGGGUGGACCAGAGACGGGAUAUGUUUGGUGAGGCGCACCGCCAGGAUCUUGGCUAGUAGCUUAAUGUCGCAGUUGAUUAGCGAUAUUGGUCUGUAAUUCCCGCAAUGCUCUCUGUCUUUGCCGUCCUUGGGUAUGAUGGUAAUAUGGGCUGUCAGGGCUUGGGUAGGGAUGUGGUCUCCUUCUCGUAUCGCGUUAAAUGCUUCCACCAUGGGUGGGUAGAGAUCCUCGGCGAAAGUCUUAUAAUAUUUUACCGGUAAGCCGUCCGAUCCCGGGCUUUUGCCCGGUUUAGUGAGUUUGACUGCUCGCGCUAAUUCCUCAACGGUUAUGGGUUCGUCAACCAGGUCAGCGACUUCUACGUCUAGGGUCGGUAUCGGGUAUUUAGUCAGGUAUUCCUGAAUCGAGUGGCGAAGGUGUGCCUUAGCCAGUUCGGUUGUCGGUUGUGGGAGUUCGUAUAGCUCAGUGUAGUAUGUACGGAUCGCUCUCAUGAUAUCAGUCGGGAGUCGGUGUAGGGUCCCCUGUUUGUCUCUGAUCUUGUCGAUGUAUGUGUGCUGUCUCUGUUUCCUCAGCAUCGUAGCAAGGAGCUUACCGCUCUUGUUCCCAUGUAGGGUAAAGAAUGCCUUAUUUCUAAGUGCCUCCCUGUGGUGUUUGGAAUGCAGUAUGGUCGCUAGGUCCCUUCGCAGUUGUAGGAGUCGGGUCUGGUGUGUGUGGUCUGGGUCGCGUUUGUUUUGUUCAUCCGUUUUGUAUAUGUCAUCUAAUAGGGCGGUCAGUCGGGCUUCGGUUUGUUUUUUUAGUAUUGCCCCCUGUUGGAUGUAGUGACCUCUUAUCACACUUUUGUGUGCCUCCCAGCGUAUCGUCGGCGAUGUCUGCUCCGUCGUGUUGGUGGCAAGGUAUUCUCUGAUUUUAUCGCCUAUACGGGUCGUGACUCCCGGGUGGGAGAGUAGGUAUUCAUUGAGUCUCCAUUUCGGAGAUGUGGGGCGAAAUAGUGGUGACUUUAUUUUGAGGGAGACAGGGGCAUGGUCCGACCAUGUGGCUGUUCCGAUCUCGACGUCAGUUACCAAUGAAAGGUCGUAGUGUGAGGUGUAUAUGUGGUCGAUGCGGGAGUAUGAGUUGUGCGGGUGGGAAUAGAAAGUGAAGUCUCGGGCGUCUGGGUGGUGGGCCCUCCAGCAGUCGACCAGUCGGUGGUCCCGGAGUAGGGAUUUGAUGCCUUGCAGUUGUUGGUUGGGGAUAUGCGAGGUGCCCGUUGAGGUGUCCCAUGACGGUUCUAAUGCGACAUUAAAGUCCCCCCCCAGUAUGAGAGUCCCUUCUUUGAACGCCUGGAGCUUGUGGAGUGUUUGUUUGAGGAAGCGGUAGUGUCGUGUGUUUGGGGCGUAUAUAGUUGCGAACGUGUACUGACGGCCUGCUAUUUCCCCCUUGAGGAAUAGGUACCUGCCUUCAUCGUCCGACAAGCAGCCCCCCUCCUGGAACGGCACCCUCUUAUGGAAAAGUAUUGCUGCUCCCCUAGCUUUCCCCCCGUGGUAGUCACUGUAGAAUCCUUGUGUGUAGUGUUGGUUUGUUAGUUUGGGUCUGGCCCCUUUCUGAAAGUGUGUUUCCUGCAACAUGACUAUCGAGGCCCUUUGUUUAUGAAAGUCUCUCAGUGCUCCUGAUCUCUUCUCUGGUUUGUUCAGGCCUUUGGCAUUGAUCGUGAGAAUAUGCAGCGGGGCGGGAGUCAGUGUCAUGUCGUUUGGUCAGUCGGCUGUUGGGUGGUGCUGUAUCGGUGUCGUUGUCCAAGUCCCUGCUGUGUGUGUGUACCAGGUGUGGCCUGUUCGUCGUGGUCAGUGUGAGGACAAGGUGUCAGGGUUCGAGGUGGGGUAGAGAGAGGGAUAAGGUAUCGUGGGAUUCGUGGAGAUGUCCUGUGAUCUCCAGUGGGUGUGUUCUGGUCUCGGGACCGUUAGGUGUAGACGUCGGGGAGUUUCAAUCCACGGUGCCACCAGUGGCUCCCGUGAGUGACUCACCGUCUGAGUGACGUCUCUCCUACUGGGCAGUGGUAGGGUAUAUCGGUGUCGGUCUUCCGUACCGCCAGUCGGGUCCCAUGUCACCCCUUUUUGGCUCCCGGAUGCUACCUCAAUGGGAUGUGAUGGUCUUCCCCGCCUCGGGGUGUGUUGGCUCGAGAGCCGGUGUGUGUGUUGCACAGCAUGUCUGUUCAAGGUACCGUAGUAAGGCAUAAACCGUAACAAUAACAUAUAGAUUAAAUUCACAACAGGUGAUAACAAGCAGUUGACAUUUCUACCAUGGUGCAGGGCUGCGCUUCCACCCCCUCCCCCCUCGCUCCCCUCUCCCUCCGUUGGGUUGCUUAUCUAGCGUGAGCAAACUCGUCCCUUGUUCCUUUACUCUCUGGGUUUGGGGGCACCCUCAUCCGGGGUCAGGGCGAGGGCACUCGUGUCUCUGGAUUCGUUUUAAUCAAUCUGGGUGUGCUCCCUCGGGUGGUCGCUUACGUGUCCGUGCCCUCCUUGUCACAUGUUUAGAGCGUGUAGCUGAUCUAUGGGCUAGUCUGGAUUGUGUGGCCUGGUUGCGACCUUACCCUCCAUCCCCACCGUAUCUUAUCAGCAUCCCCGCCCCGGGUGUGCCCCACCGGCGCCGUCCCCCGCCUGCUCCCCGAGGUUCAUCACAGGGUAGGCGAACGGUGGCGGCCGGGCCCAGCCGGGGGGGUGGCGCCCCCCGGUGCUUCUCUGCUGGUGUGGCUGGACGUGUCUCUUGUGGGAGGUGUCCCUGCGGUUGUGUGGCCCAGUGGCGGCCGCUCCCGCUCCCCUCUCCUGCAACCCUUGUGUCCCCACCCCGGGUGUGCCCAGCCGGCACCAUCCCCCGCCUGCUCCCCGAGGUUCAUCGCAGAGCGGGCGGACGGCGGCGGCCGGACCCAGCCGGGGGGGCGGACACUCUAUAUUCUCCUAACCCUUUAUAUGUGGACCAGAUGUCCCUCGUUACCCUUGCACCUUGCGUUAUCAUAAAAAGGUUAAAUUAGUCCAUUAGGCCACAGGGCUCCGCGUGGCCGGGCUCCUGUGUCCCAGGUACGCCCCCUGGUGCUUCUCUGCUUAUGUGGCUGGGUGUGUCUCCCGUGGGAGGUAUACUUGCGGUUCGGAUGGGUCAGCGCAUUGUGUCCACAGUCUCUGGAUCUGGAAAUCGGGUAUGGAGGUGUGUGUCUGGUCCACGGGUGGGUCGAGGUGAGGCCCAGGAUGGAAGGUAGGUGGUGCGCAGUCCUUUAUAUGUUGGCGCCCGUGGGGCGCGUGGUCUGCUGUCUAGUUCUUCGUGGCCUGGUGGGCUGUUGCGACUGGCGGUGUGCUUCGGGUGAAAACUCGUAGAAGGACAUCGGGUCCGGCCAGGUCAGCUGUAUGUGCGGUAGUUGUAGUUCCCGGGCAAUGUCCCUCAUAUCGCCGUCGUUCUUCACUGCGAAGGAGCCGGUGCUUGUGGUGACCUGUAUGCCAGUGGGGAAGUUCCACCGAUAUCUGAUCUUGUUGGCUUGUAGUGUGCGUGUAAAAGGGCGCAAUGCCCGUCGGUAUGCCAGGGUCGCUGGAGAUAGGUCCGGGUAUAGUUGCAGUUCCGCGCCAUGAUGAAAGAUUUGUUGUUUCUCCCUAGCGCUCUUCAGGAUGUCUUCCUUCACUUGAAAGUGUAGUAAACAGCAUAUCACGUCCCUUGGGGGGGACUCCGAAGGGCCUCUGGGUCUGAGGGCUCUGUGUGCCCUAACGAAAUCAAUAGGCGUCGUGUUCGGCCGCUGUAGGAGGGAGUUGAAGAUUUCCGUGAGGGAAUCUCGUAUUGGGGUUGUCUGGUCCAGUUCCUCAGGCAGGCCCCGAAUUCUGAUAUUCUGCCGCCUCCCCCUAUUAUCGGGGUCUUCCACGUGGAGGGCCAUUUGGCGCAGUUGUAGCGUCUGCCGCUGUAUUACGUUUGCGGUGGCGUUUUGUGCAGAUGUCACAUGGUCACAGUCUGCCUCCAACAAUGCUAGCUUAUGGUGUAGCCCCUGCAUGUCCUCCCUCAAGGCAUGGAGUUCCCCUGUUAUGGACUUGUGGAGGGCGGCAUUUGCCUCUUUAAGGUCAGCUUUCGUGGGUAGGUUGCUCAAUAGGGAUGCCCAGUCCAGCUGGGAUGGGGGUAGGUCAGGUGUAAGUAGUACCUGUUCGUGAUGUCUGCUGCCUGGUGAGGGCGGGCGGGCCAGGCCCGAGGCCUCCGAGUCACUGGAGGCCUGAGAGACGUGAUCCGCUUGGGUCAGGAGGUAUUGUCUCAUGCCCGGCGUCUGGGACCCCCUGGGAUUGUUGGCGGCCGCUGCCGCUUGCUGUUGCCGGUUUGUUUUGCCCAUUUCGCUGUGUGUGGGGCUAAUGAGGCGGGUGAUAGUGCAGAGCCUGCAGGGAGCUUCGGGUUCACGCCGCCAUUCCGAUCGGCGUCCAAGCCACGCCCCCCUGACAGAGCACUCUGACUGAAAUAUCAUGUUGUGGGGAUGCCCUCAUAAGGACUUUUCCCGCCAUGCAACUUCAGUCUGCAAUGAGCACUUUUGGGACAAAGAAGGAUUGUUUUUAUUUCGUUACGUUUUUUUUGUUUGUUUUUUUUAUACUAUCCAGUUUUUCUUUUAUUUGUUGUGUUGGGAAGUUUUUGACCUUUUUUGCUGCUGGAUAAAAAAGAUUUGAGAAAAAAGACAUCUGAUGUAAAAAAAUAAAAUAAAAUAUAUAUAUAUAUUUCGAUAUGUUUUAGCUUUAUUGUCCAUCCCCCUCCCUUCCCCGUCCCUCACUAUUACUAGGGUGGGUAGGUAGGGUGCAUUCACUUCGAGAAGGUGGUAGGGGCUUGAGAGACCCCUAACCAUCCAGGGGGUUACUUAAGGACAACUGCGACGGUAGACAAUGGCAUGUCUAUCACUUAUCGUAUAUUUAAUUAGAGCUCCACACAACACUCAUAGGGGCUGGGGGUCAUUAGGUCUCCACCCCCAUUUAUAUUUUUGAUACAAACCUGCUGCCCAUGGUGUGGCCUGGAGGGGAACAUUAGGACCCCAGGUCAUUAUAAUUAGAAGUCCCACCCACUGACCAAGGGGGGUUCUUCAGGACACUGAGCCACCCACAUUAUUUUUCAUUUUGGCCUAAAAUUUUAAGUUCAUUUUGCAUUUUAGAUUUGCACUUUAGUAAAUAAGACACACUGUUUGAUGUUGCUGAUGAUGUUGCUGCAUAAACAAUUUUGUACUGUGCAAUUAUCCUAAGUAAAAUGAUAUGUAAAUGCAAUUAUCCCCAGACAGAAUUAUUGGGAUGUAAAUAAUCUACAUUUCCGAUUUACAGUUAAUUGUAUUGGUAAUGUGCAAACCUGCAAUUUUGGUAUGCUGGUACAGAAAGCAUUGCAUCAGCAUCCCCUGAACAGUUUGUCCAAUUUGUCCUUACUAUAAGCUAUGAUAACAAAUUAAUGUUUAUUUACAGUGAAAGUCUUUAUUACCUAUUCCAAGGACGUCGCUGAGGAGGUCAUACGCCUGGCCGGUUUUCUUUUCAAGAAUGGGUUCAUGACAACAGUAAGUAUAUCAUCUUUUUUUAAAUAAUGACUUGUAAUUAUUAAGUCCACUGGUUACGUAGCAAUCUCAGGGUCCACUACAUCUUGCAGUAGAUAAAUUCCACUUUAAUUUUCAUGUGGGUUGCCUAGUGAACUGAAUGGAUGCAUGAGCUCAUAGCUCUCUCUGAGGAACCCUGCAAAUAGCAAAAUACAGAUAUUUUAUGCAAUCCCACCAACCAAAACUGACAACCAAAACACCUCUCACCGGCCGACUGGAGGCCAUUAGCUUGAGCUCCGGCUGUGAGCUCGUGAUAACAGCACAAAAUACUGUUCCUGACCGCUUAAAAGACGGAUCCUCCGACACCUGUGCACGGAGAAUGACCUAAGCUUUUACCCGCUACCCGCAUGAAACUCCUCGCCUGUCGGGUGAGUGGAGGCAGCCAUCCCCGGCCUACCAACGGCUGAGAAUCCGACCGCAUGCGCAUCCGCGGGGAAGCGCUGAGCCGAGGCACCCGGGCAGAAGAAGCCACGAGAGGAAUACUCCGACAAAGAGCAACUCCCGGCCCGGGGCACGGCCCUGUCCCCCCCCCGGCCGGUGGGGGUUAUCCCGGCCACAUGGCGACCGCUCGUGCCGUGACGGGAGCCCCCGCUGCGGUAACGUGCUGGACGCCUAUACUGGCAAAGCCUCCAUACAGCACAGCCAGCCAGCAGAUGUGGGAGCUGAUAAGGUGGAAGCCAUCCGCCUUCAAGAGGAAGCACCUAGGAAGGGUGUGGAGCAGAGCAACGGCUGUGUGGAGGACGGCCAGCCGGCAGAUGUGGACACUGCCACGGUGGGGAAGGUACACUCACCUGAGGAGGCAAUCAGGCAGAGAUAAAGGAGACCUGCACUAAUACAGAGGUUGGAGACCUAAUGCAGCUGCACCCCACUGCCUGUGUAUGUUCUCCCUCAAGCCACCAGUGACUAAUCAGAGCUGUAGUAACCAUGAAGAAUACCCACCAUGGCGAGCUGAUCCAAACGGCCGAUACGGACUCUGGCAUUGCUGAGCACCAGAUGGAUCCCUCGUGACGACUGCCCACCCGUCAGAAAAAGUGAGUGCCCAGGCAUCUGGGUCUGGGAGGUCCCCGGAGAGCCUUGUCCCUGAUGCUGGGAGCCCUGUGGGGCUGGUCUGCGUGGCCCCCCCGGCGGACCGGUGGCCGGGGGCGGCGGGCACCGGCUCCAAGUAUGUGGCCGGCGCCAGGAGAGACAUUGGGACACUCGCUUCCCUGGGCGGUGUUGGGGAGGUGCAGGGAGCAGGAGGCCCGCGGACUCUAGGUGUGGGGGUCAAGUGGACUGUCUCUGCCACCGAGUGCCCACAGCACCGCGGGGGACCCAUGUGAUGGGCUGGGGUCGCUCCGGGGAGGACGGACGGAGACUCGGCAUCCCAGGAGAUGCACUGCGGCCGUGCCACGGGAGGCCCUCAUCGGACAGAUACUAAGACCAGCCUGGCUCCUUUACUGUUACAGUUAUUACCGUUAAUUUAUUUUUGCUUUGUUCUGUAUACAUCCAUCCUUACCGCAUGCCUAGUUCACGACGCAUUAGACGCAGUAAUAGGGCUGCUAGCUAUGCCUAAACCCCUGCUUCACGAUGCCUGACUAACAUAUCGUAUAAAAACAUGUGUACUUGAGGUAGCAAUGGGACCCGAAUAUAGUUUUGGUAGGGACGCUACAGAACGACACCCCACGUGGUCCUGCUGUCUUCAGCUGACAAACCUUAUUAAAUUGCAAAAUACAACACCCUCUACCACAACACACGCCAUAUUGCUAUAUAUCGCCUCACCGGGAGACAGGCAGCCACCCGACGCUCGCUUUCACAGUGCUCAGGAGAUAAGCUCCGUUCAAGACACCUAGCGCAUGCACCUGGCUCAAGAAGAGCCCGCUUAACGCACACAGACCUGAACAUUUAGCCACGCAUCUAAGCAAGCACUGCACGUAUUGACCAUUUCAUACUUAGCACCCGCAUAUAACGUGCACAACUUUUGAAUCUUAACUGAGCUUCCCUUUUGUCAGUCCUAAUGCUAUAGUUUUUUUAGAUUUUAUACAAAGCCAAAACAAUAGGAAUCUAACAACUAGAUGCCACGGAUAAGAAUCUAUGGCACAUAGCAACGAAAGGUGAACAACAAUGUCACGCUAAACGGUCCUCUGCGCAGGCAACCGAAUGUUUCCACCGUUAUAAAUUGAUGCUUAAGCCCCUGCGCGGGCAAUCACUUGCUUCAUUAUUUGACAAAACAGUUUGAUACAUGCAUCCAUGUUAUGAAUACAAUAAAAAUAUUUAAAACAAAACACCUCUCACCUUUAUGAUGAGUCAGCAGAAAAGGCAGAAGUUAGGGGAAUCAUCUGUCGCUAUUUAUUUCCAGCCUAAAAACAGCAGGUUGCAUAGUAAUAUGGAGACGGUGCCACCACAUUCUCCUUCGACAUGGAAAACUGUACAGACAACAUUGACAGUUCACAAUUAAGCCAUAUAAGUGCUCUCAAGGUUUAUUCAGCCUGAUAAUCUCUAGAGAGAAAAUAAACGAGAUCUGGAUGCUUGGACAGAGGACUGCUGAAAUCGAGGAGAGAAUGAAGAAGGUAGUGAAGCCCACAACACUUUCAUAGACUGGACCAGUGCCUUUCAGCCAGAAUGGCAAAUGAUAAAGUCAUAAUAAAAGAUUUAUCAAAUCACUCACAGUGUAACAACUUUAGAAUCUGGGGACUCUCAGAACAGACCGGAAAAGGCUUCCUGAACUCUAUUAUACUAAGUUUAUUGUGGUUUAUCAACUGGAUCCACAGAGCCAUAAAGGUCGAAAAGGUAAACAACACAGAGACAUCAUCAUGGGAUUCCAUUUCUUUGAAUCUAGGGAAGCAAGUUGUCCAGAAUCACUAAAAUCGCAUUUAAUGAUGAACUGUUCCAUCUAUAUAUGGACAACAAAUACACAUAGCAAUAAACACACCUUUUAUAUCUGCAUAUAUGUUUGUGGUGGCAAGUGGCUUUUAAUUCUGGCUAGUAGGUCAUGACUUUUGAGCUCUGAUUCUUAUACCCAAAGAAUUAAAAGAUCCCUAUUUAUAGUUUAUACCCUCUUCAAGUGUGUUUACAAGAUAUUUACCAUAGUCACAGCUAAUAUUGUCCUCACUCCUUCUUGACUUUCUAAUCAUUCUAAUCAGAUUGGCCUUUUCCUACUAGACAUGCCUUUAUGAACACCCAACGCAAUAUUGACUUGAUCUAGUGCACCAUGUCUAACAGAAUGCCUUCCUUCCUCCUUUUGUUGGACACAGAGAAGGCAUUCACCCUUCGGGAGUGGCCUUAUCAAUUCAUUGUCUUGAAAUUAUUUGGUUUCCCACCAAAAUUUCUGACAAAGUCAUAUAUAAAAGUGUGGGUACACCUAAUAUGAAAGAGGUAAAUUAUGGCUGAACGGACAUAUAGCUCAAAUUCUAGUUUUUGUUUUGAUCAAAACUUCAAUUGCCUCCGUAAUUAAUGGGUUAAAGUGUUCAGUUUGCAUUCAGGUCUACUACUAAAGGAUGACCUGAAAGAGUUCACCACCAAAAGGUGACCUUUAGUCUGGCGAGUUGCCAAGCAAUAAAAGCACAUUGGACACUUUAGAAGACUUUGGUUCCUCCUUUCUAUUAGCAAACUUUCAAUUUCAUGACUGAGGACUUCCAUAAGGUUAUGGUACCACUUCUAAUGAAUGCGAUACACCUUUCACUUUUUGUUGAGUACCUUCUAAAAUCUCUCUUGUGUCUUUGUUUUAGGUUGACAUAUUUGAGCAAUCAGUACUAGGGAUGAAUAUCCAGGUUUGGAUGGAUGAUAAACUUAAAGAUGUAAGUAUUAAAGGUUAGUAAUCUCAAUAAAGUUUUUUCAGGAGUGAGAUGUAAGGAACAUUCCACCCUAAAAUGACUAGGAGAAUUCCCAAAUUGGAUUUUUACCUAAAGUUUAAAAUUGACUCUGAAUUUGUGGUGGUGAAUGUAAUCUAUUGCUCUACCAUAUGGAGAACUUAAAUUGUAUUUGCUUUUUGAGUGAACAGGUUUAUAUUUGUAUUUCCUUUAACAUUAUCCCAUAUCAACUUGCCAUUUGCCGAUUUGUUGCUAUGUUUUUAUUAUUUUUUUUCUAAACAGAUGUCCAUGAAGAUAAUAAUAGCCAUAAGCCCACAGUACAAGCUGGAUAUAGAAAAAUAUGGAGGAGCUAUCAGCAAUGAACAUGGCUUGCACACCAAAUAUAUCCACACAAUUGUAAGUGUAUAUUAUUGAUCUAUACUGAAAAAAAAAUGCACCCAUGCUGCGUAUGUCUGAUAAAUAAAUCUUAUUUACAAAGACAAAACAUGUGUAGAUUUAGAAUGUUGCACCUUAAAGCUGCAGUGAGACCAUUUUGAACUAAUUUUGCUCCUCAGAUGGCUGCCAUUCAGUGUCUCCACCUUCUGCAUGGAGACACUGAACUUUCCUCAUAGAGAUGCAUUGAUUCAAUGUACAGUAUCUCUAUGAGGAGAUGCUGAUUGGCCAGGGCUGUGUUUGACUUGUGCUGGCUCUGCCCUUGAUCUGCCUCCUUGACAGUCUCAGUCAAUCCUAUGGGAAAGCAUUGUAAUUGGCUCAGAGAAUCACUAUUGAUGAUGUCAGCCAAGCAGAGCAUUUCAGAGGCAUAGGCAGCAGCUGCAGACUUGAAUACAAGUAAGAAUUUACUAUAUUUAGGCAAGGGGGUGGGUAAGGGGGGUGGAUAGUGAUUUUAACACUAUAGGGUUAAGAAUACAUGUUUGUGUCCCUGACCCUAUAGUGUUCCUUUAAAUAGUGGCACUGUUGAUGUUUAAAAAAAAAAAAAAAAAAAGGUACUCUCACCCAUAUCAUGGACCAUCUGAGUGCCCAAGUUAGAGGUACAAUGAAAUCAUAUGAAAAAAUAUGGGAGAUGUGGAUGGCUGGGAUUGGGGGGACUAGAGGAAGUGGGAGCUGGGAGGGGGAGCCAUACACCCCUACACCCAGUAAAAAGAAUCCCACCCCUGGCCUUCCAGGUCAGCAGGCCACGAACCCAAGACUGACAUGAAACUCCUUCUGGGCCAACCGAUCUCGAAAAGGCAAGAACCUAACCGUGGAAACCUAACCAAAUCAAGCUUGAACAACCCCUCCACCCCGAACUCCGACCAUGUGAGGGACACUAUCCUUCCCCUCCUUUUUUCCCCUUCUUUUUUUCUUUCUCUACAUCUGGUGUGAGUGUUAUUAAACUACAUAUGUACGAGCAACUACAUAGCUACAUAAGUGAUUAAACUGUGAAUAUACCUGAAAUGACACUCUAUAAUUGUUAAUGUUACUGUACUGUAUUAUGUUUUUAUUUCUUGGAAUAAUGGUGUCGUCAGGGCACUAGACAUUCAUGAACGACAAUGUGGACGCCUAGAGGCACCAAUUUCUUAACCAUUGAGGGUCACAUGACGAACACUAACCUGUACCUGUAUUCUUGUCCAACAACUGCCUGUAACGUUUAAUGUUUUUUGUGGUUGUCAUAUGUGAUAGAAACCUAGAAUGUGACGGCAGAUAAGAACCAUUCGGCCCAUCUAGUCUGCCCAAUUUUCCAAUUUUCUAAAUACUUUCAUUAGUCCCUGGCCUUAUCUUAUAGUUAGGAUAGCCUUAUGCCUAUCCCACGCAUGCUUAAACUCCUUUACUGUGUUAACCUCUACCACUUCAGCUAAAAAAGGCUAUUCCAUGCAUCCAUUACCCUCUCAGUAAAGUAAUACUUCCUGAUAUUAUUUUUAAACCUUUGUCCCUCUAAUUUAAGACUAUGUCCUCUUGUUGUGGUAGUUUUUCUUCUUUUAAAUAUAGUCUCCUCCUUUACUGUGUUGAUUCCCUUUAUAUAUUUAAAUGUUUCUAUCAUAUCCCCCCUGUCUCGUCUUUCCUCCAAGCUAUACAUGUUAAGAUCCUUUAACCUUUCCUGGUAAGUUUUAUCCCGCAAUCCAUGAACCAGUUUAGUAGCCCUUCUCUGAACCCUCUCUAAGGUAUCAAUAUCCUUCUGUCUGUACAAUACUCCAAGUGAGGUCUCACCAGUGUUCUGUACAAUGGCAUGAGCACUUCCCUCUUUCUACUGCUAAUACCUCUCUCUAUACAACCAAGCAUUCUGCUAGCAUUUCCUGCUGCUCUAUUACAUUGUCUGCCUACCUUUAAGUCAUCAGAAAUAAUCACCCCUAAAUCCCUUUCCUCAGAUGUUGAGUGUCAGUUGCCACAAUUCUGACCAUUUUUCUAGUUUACCUAAAUCAUUUGCCAUUUGGCUUAUCCCUCCUGGAACAUCAACCCUGUUACAUAUCUUAGUAUUAUCAGCAAAAAGACAUACCUUACCAUCAAGACCUUCUGCAAUAUCACUAAUAAAAAUAUUAAAGAGAAUGGGUCCAAGUACAGAUCCCUGAGGUAACCCACUGGUGACAAGUCCAAGCUUCGAAUAUAUUCCAUUGACUACAACCCUCUGUUGCCUGUCACUCAGCCACUGCCUUACCCAUUCAAUAAUAUUGGCAUCCAAACUUAAAGAUUGCAGUUUAUUGAUAAGCCUUCUAUGUGCAACAGUGUCAAAAGCCUUACUGAAUUCUAGGUAAGCAAUGUCUACUGCACUACCCUGAUCUAUAAUUUUAGUUACCCAAUCAAAAAAAUCAAUAAGAUUAGUUUGGCAUGAUCUCCCUGAAAUAAACCCAUGUUGUCUCUGAUCUUGAAAUCCAUGUGUUAUUAGAUGUUCAACAAUCCCAUCCUUUAACAUGGUUUCCAUCACUUUCCCCACUACUGAAGUAAGGCUUACUGGCCUAUAGUUGCCCGACUCCUCCCUAUUACCUUUCUUGUGAAUGGGCACAACAUUCGCUAACUUCCAAUCUUCUGGGACUAUUCCUUUUAACAAUAAUUGGUUAAAUAAAUCUGUUAAUGGUUUUGCUAGUACACCACUAAGCUCUUUUAAUAGCUUUGGGUGUAUCCCAUCAGGUCCCAUUGACUUAUUUGUCUUUACUUUUGACAGUUGAAAUAGAACCUCUUCCUCUGUAAACUUACGUGUAAUGUAUUACUCAUUUAUCCUUUUUCUUAACUGAGGUCCCUUUCCUUCAUUUUCAUCUGUAAAUACAGAACAAAAAUAUUAAUUAAGGCAGUCAGCUAGACCUUUAUCCUCUUCUACAUACCUUCCUUCUUUUGUUUUUAAUCUAACUGUUUUACUUUUCUUUUCUCAUUUAUGUAUCUAAAAAAAGUUUUGUCCCUCUUUUUUACUGACUGUGCUCUUUUCUCUUCUGUGAUGCAACCAAAGAAAAAAAGUUACUUGCACUCUCUCCUUAAUCCCUAUGUAUAUUUAAACAAAUUGAGGUCAUUUAGUUACUCCAAUGGCUACUGGAGGGAAUGCAUUAGCUGAUGUGUUCUGUAGUCAUUGCUGCUGCCCAGGAGUGAUGGGAGUGAGCGCAGGACUUUUCUUUUUGUAUUUGUAUUCACUUUUUGUAUCACACAGCUAGGUUACAAUGCUGCCGCCCAUCCCAUGUGUUCCCUAUUAAGGGUUAACAAGUGUAUAGGGGUGUAUAUAUUAAAAAAACAACUUUCUGUCUCAUCAGAGAUAUUUUUGCCAGAAGCUCAAGGAAGCCAGGUAAAGGGCAGAGUAGGACCCGUCUAGGGGGGUCUGCCUUGACAUUGGCAGGCGGGCAUUCCCUCCAGUGGCCAUUGGAGUAACUAAAUGACCUCCGUUUGUUUAAAUAUACAUAGGGAUUAAGGAGAGAGCGCAGGUAACCUUUUUUCUUUGGUUUUUACUAUAUGUAUUAGCUGAUGUGUACUGUAGUCGUUGCUGCCGCCCAGGAGUGAUGAGAGUGAGCGCAGGACUUUUCUUUUUGUAUAUGUGAUGCAACGACAUAUCAAAAAUAAAGAAUAAAAAAAAGAGGUACUCUCAUGUACCUUUCUUUUCUUAUAAAUGUUUCCUCGACUGUCAGAGGAGUGAUUACAGAUGAGCAGCUCGCACAGUCUUUUUUUUUUUUGCUUAAGGAAUGUAAAGUCCUUCAAAUUGCAAAUGCAUCUUAUGUUUCCUUGCAAUACUACUCAUUUGUCUUAUUUUGUAAAUGAAGUCAAAGUGUGAUCAUCGUAAAAAAAAGAAACAAAAAAUCUCAAAGAGGAAAUAAAGACUGGUUCCUGAUUCUUUUAGGCCAUUACAAAAAAGGUGUGUGUGUGAUAUGUUUUACAUAUGUAUCUUUCAUUUCGAUUGAUUACAGGUGUAAUUUCUAACUUAAAUAUUACAAGAGUUUCAUUGUACGAUGUAAUUUUGUUUUUUGUCUUACUAUGUUUUGUUUAGAUGCAGAAUCAGUUCAUUCAACAAGGCAGCAUAAAUUACAGAUUCAUUCCCAUUCUUUUUCCAAAUGCCAGUGAGGUAAGUAAAAAUGGUGCCAAAACUAGGAGCAUUUGUGCAAAAUCUUUAAACAUUUCAAUAAGUGAAAACCAACCAUGGUUAGCCUUUUUCUGGCUUUAUAAAGUAUGUAGUAUGUGUGCUCCUAAAAAUUUACAAAGCAAAAUCAACUAUUUCUAUAGAAAAACUCCUUACUCCUCUCCAAAUCACUCAGUCUCUGUAUAGAGAAACUUCUUAUAUACAAGGAAAUCCUAAUAGAUCUAAAUAGGUAGAUGUUGAAUACCCCAAUCACAGCAUACUGUGGCAACAGAUUGUGCUGAAUAACCAAAAUACAAGUCUUAAAUUAUGGGAAAAACAGAAAAAUUGUGAUAUUUAGAUAUACCAAAAUACGAGUAGUACAGUCUCAACAGGUAUCACCUGAAACAGAGAAAAUCUGUUAAAGAUAUAUCUCCUCCAAAAAGACGGAUAUAUCUCCUCUAGAGACCAAAGAACGAGAGCUAUAUACUCUAAAGACCACAAUCCUGUCGGAUGUCAAAACUAUUUACGAAAAAAAACCAAUAAAUAAAUAUAAAUUAAUAGAUAGGUCACCAGAACACUUCAAGCCGGGAAUGUUGCAACAGUAUCAUUAAAUGAAGCAGCGUGUAGCAACCCAGUAUGAAGAGUUAAAAAGUGUCAAUAUGUAACAAAUAUGAAACACCUAAAUGUUAUGUCCAUUCGUAACAAUAUUGAAAAAACAAAGAAGUAUAGACACAGGUAAUUUACACACAAUAAGCGUUAUCAGCUAUGCUGUGCUAAUUAUAGGAUUUACCUAUUUAGAACUAUUAGGAAUCACUUGUAUAUAAGAAGUGUCUCUAUACAUAGACUGAUCGAUUUAGAAAGGAGUUUAGCAGAAUCUCGUUAUUUUAUAUGUUGGUUUUAUUUUCUAUUAAAGUUAUAUCUGUUUUUCUAUAGAAACAGUUAUUUUCGCUUUGUAUAUUAUUUAGAAGCGCACAUACUACAUACUUUAUAUUUUGGGUUUCUUCUCUUUGAGUCGCUUGUUUCUGUAUGUAGCUGCCCACAUCAUUGUAUUGUUAUAGUUACCAGUGGUUUAUUCCUUUACUCUUGUUAUAUUUUUUUGGCUUUAUCAAACUAAAAUCCCAAUAUAUAAAUAUAAGGAGCUACUAAUAAAAUAUCUAAACACAGCCAAAUGAUUUAUGCCGCUCCUCCAAAAGUAGCAUUGUCCCCUCACAGUCAACUAGUAGCUCAAGAAUGUUGAGAAAAUAAAUGUGCUAUGGAGGACCAGACUAACCUUCCUGCAUAGGACAUCUGAGCACGCCUCCAUCCGAUAUAACUAGGUCUGCUUUAGGCUUCGGAUAUCACUACCAAUCAAAAAUUCUGAAAAGCUCCCCACACUUGUCUCCCUCCCUACCUAUUCCUAUUACACAAUGCAAGGGAGCCCUUGCUUACCACUUUUGAGCUGCUCAUCCACUAAUUCUCAGAUGAGCAGUUUAUUUGUUACGUUGCUUAGAGUGCCUUGGUACCAUCUCCUCAUUUAAUGUCAUAUUGUUUAGUAAUGGUUUUACAUGAACCAAAGCUCUUCCUGGAGACCACAACCUCUUCAGCCACAUUGAUUGUAAUAAAAUCGAGACAGAAACAUAGUAAAAUUCUGCAUUGAUACAAUGGGAUUAUUCCUACAUAAAUGUUAAUGUCAUCAAUCCUGUACAGCAGUCUGAUAGUGGAAGAUAGAAAAGCAUGCUUCUAUGCAAUAUGCCAAGGGGUUUCCUAUCCCUGAAAAAAAAACAUUGUGGCGGACCAGCCUCGCCACUGGGCAUUGGAGAAGACUGAUUGCCAGCCUCCUUCCAUGUGACUAUGGCCCCUGGGAUGUAUUUCCUGCUCUCCUGUACUGCUGAGGAUUGCUACCAACUAAGUGGAUUUGGCUAUGGAGCUUGUGUAGUGCCCUCUGUUGGUAGCAACAGCAAAAUGCACUACCUGACUAGCAAGACUGGUUCAUUUGCAUAUUCGGGUAGAUUUGCAUAUUGCCAAUUCUGCAGGCAUGUGAGAUAUUUUCUGUUAAUUAUUGUCUCCCCCACCUUUUUAAAAAUAUGCCAUUGUGUUAUAAUAAGUCACUGUAUGUUGCCUGCUAUGAUUUGAUUGUAAUUUUAUUGAGUUUUCACAGCAAUGUUAAUGUAAUGACCAUAUGGGCUGGUCCCAAGUAAAAUAAAGUUUUAGACAGUUCUACUUCACCCUCAAUUUGGAGUCAUGUAUCUUAUUGGGGGAAUCUGCUACAAGGGAUUGCUAUGCUCUGCAUAUUCCGUUGCUUUAAUCACUCCUAAGCUCUUGUAAGAGCUUGUUCCUGCUUCGCUUUGAAAGAACAGAGGUUCGGCCUGCGGUGGUUGUGGUGUCGGCUACAGUGCUUGGAGUCCUCAGGAAGCGCUAGGAGCAUCUUUUAACGGAGGUACCCAGUCGGGGGGCCAGGUGAUCUGUUACAAACAUUAAUCACAUUGCUUGACAGACCUUUACCUGCAAGACUUGACUUACCCAUAGUCUUGUCCUUUCCACCAUUUGGUGGUUCACUGAGCGGUAUUUAUUCAGGUUUCAGCAUCUGACUGCAAUUGAUAAGAAUGAGAGUCUCACUUAAACAGUAAAGCAAUAGUAGACGGUACAGCUGCACAGUAGUAAUGGUCACGGGACCCUUGUCUUAUCCAUUGCAGAGUAUUAAGACAUUAAUGCAUUUAACAGCCUUCUGAAGUAAAACAAAAAUAUAUUUUUUUGUUUUGUGUUUUCCAGGAAGACGUACCCAUCUGGUUAAGAAACACCAUUGUUUAUCGCUGGCCUUAUGACAAAGAAAAAAUAGUCCUACGAUUAAUGUGCCAGGACCCAUAUGUUCAUGGUCCAAUUGGACCUCUUCCUACACUUAGAGUAAGUACAUUCUGAAGUCUUGACUCAACACACCAACUGGUGUAAGGAGCAUUUUAUUCACCAUCACAAUUCUACCUAUUCUGUAAGGGGAAGCAGAAAGUAUUUCUUAAACCGUGUGCUUUGUCUUUAAGAGAUUUUGCAAAAUGAUAAUUUGUUAUGAAUGGAAAAUAUCAUUUUUGAUAAAAUCUUUAAUAAAUGGCCUCUUACCCAUAUUCAGUGAAUAUGGUAUUCAUACUUUAGGACACCAUUGUGUCAUAGGUUAAUGUAACAACAAGUCAGGGAAUUUCAUGUGUACCCUUAAGUUCUAGGUCAUGACAACAGACUGAUUAAGAUAUUCCCAUGUGAAAAGUCAAGGAUUUCUCAUUUAAUGCUCAUGGUCCUGUAUCUUUGCCAAGUUAAGGUAGGUCCUAACAUGACCUAAUUGAAAAUCGGAGGUAUAAAUAUGUGUAAUUAUUAAUAUUAGAGAGACAGAGGAGAGAAUUUUGGAUGCAGAGACACUGCUCCAUUUUAUCAUGACUAAGAGGAUGACUUGUUCAAGAAGGUAUAUUAUUAAAUUUUACUGAUAUUGCAAGCAUAUACUUUAAUCUUAUAAACUCUCCUACAAAUUAUUGUAAUGGAUUAUUAUAAUUGGAUUAUAUCUCUCUAUAUAUUUUUAUUUAAUAAAAUAUUUUAAAAGACAAAACUUUAUUGCUUCCAAAACAAUCCCUAUUUUUAUUGUAUUCUCAAUUAUUUAUAAAUUUUAUAUACCGUAUAUACUCGAGUAUAAGUCGACCCAAAUAUAAGCCGAGGCCCCUAAUUUUAGCACAAAAAAACGUGGAAACUUAUUCACUCGAGUAUAAGCCUGAGGUGGGAAAUGCAGAAGCUACUGGUAAAUUUCUAAAUAAAAUUAGAUCCCAAUAAAAUUACAUUAAUCGAAUAUUUAUUUACAGUGUGUGUAUAUAAUGAAUGCAGUGUGUGUGUGUUUGUGUAGUGUGUUUAUAUAAUGAAUGCAGUGUGUGUUUGUAGUGUGUGUAUAUAAUGAAUGCUGUGUGUUUGUGUAGUGUGUGUAUAUAAUGAAUGCAGUGUGUGUGUGUUUGUGUAGUGUGUGUAUAUAAUGAAUGCAGUGUGUGUGUGUGUGUUUGUGUAGUGUGUGUAUAUAAUGAAUGCAGAGUGUGUGUGUAGUGUGUGUAUAUAAUGAAUGCAGAGUGUGUGUGUGUUUGUGUGAAUGCAGUGUGUGUAUAUAAUGCAGAGUGGCUGUGUAUAUAAUGCAGAGUGUGUGUUUGUAUGAGUGUGUGUGUAUAUAAUGCAGAGUGUGUGCAUUACAUACACACACUCUGCAUUAUAUACACACACUACACACACUCUGCAUUGUGUGUAUAUAAUGCAGAGUGUGUGUGUGUGUGUGUGUGUAUGUGUGUGUGUAAACUGGGUGGGGGGGGCUUUUUUUAUUAUUAUAUUAUAUUAUUUUAUAUUAUUAUUAUAUUAUUAUUUAAAUUAUUUUAAUAUUUAUUAAAUUAUUAUUUUUUGGUCCCCCCUCCCUGCUUGUUGUCUGGCCUGGCGGUCCAGUGGAUGGGCUGUGCAGGGGUGGGCCCGGAGCAAGCUCUUACUUACCUUUGUAACAACUCCGGUCAGCUCCCUGUCAGCUCCGUGCAGCUCCCCUGUUCAGCUCACAGUGUAAGUCUCGAGGUUUGCGUGCCGCGCGGAGCGGGUGUCGCGAGACUUACACUGUGAGCUGAAUGGGGGAGCUGACCGGAGCUGCUACAAAGGUAACAGCUUGCUCUGGCCCCCAACAGGAAGCCCGGUGGUCCUGGUCUCUAUUAUGGCAAUCUAAGUUGCCAUAAUACAGACACUGACUCGAGUAUAAGCCGAGGGGAGCUUUUUCAGCACAAAAAAAUGUGCCGAAAAACUCGGCUUAUACUCGAGUAUAUACAGUAUAAGAUAUCUGUACGGUUAGCCCUGCUAAAUUCUAUGUUUUAAGACGUAAUAGUGGUGAAUAGGGAAACCAGCUGCGGUUACAGUAUAUUAUGAUAUUUAGCAUAUUAGCAUAUUCUUUGUGAUGCAAAUGUAUUACAACUAUCUUAAAGGUACAUUGUAGGCAUUAUAAAGAUUUCAUCUCAUUGGACUGGUCAAGUGCUUGGAAUCCCCUGGAAUGGCCCCCCAUUCAGUAUUACCUAAAGCUUUCCCACUACUAGAGGAAUGGCUUAGAUAGAGAUUAAACACUUCCUUCAAGCCAUACCCGCAUCCGUCCCUGGUUUCCCCCAAAACCAUACUGCCCAUAAUGAAUGCUGCUGCCAGGCUGAUUUUUCGCUCAUGUUGCUCCUCUCACACAUCACCCUUCUGUCAAUCCUUAAAUUGGCUUCCUGUAACCUAUAGGAUUAAAUUCUAAAUACUAACCCUUACGUAAAAAGCUCUGAACAACUCUAUCUCCCACUACAAUUUUUCACUAAUUCAUAGGUAUGCCCCUUCUCGGUCGCUCUGCUUUGCCUGUGACCUACUCCUGUCCACUGUUCAUGCUCAUAUCCAUGCUGCUAACUCGUGUUUGCAGGACUUCUAACGAGCUGCUCCACUUCUUUGGAACAACCUGCCUUCUCCCACCAGACUAUACUCAACUAUUUAAGAAUUCCCUCAAAAUUCAUGUCUUCAGAAUAGCCUAUGACCUCCAAGAAUAACUGUUAUCUCACAAAACUAUCUAUUGCUCUCUCUUUGAGGGCCAUACUCCACUAUCACCUUCCAGUUCUGCUACUCUCCCACCCCAGUGAAAGUGCAGACUGUCAGCUUUAAUUCAAUGGGAACAAAAAUAUUGUUUAGGGAUUUGAACCAUUGUUUAGGAAUUGCAACCAUUUUCAUACACGGUAUCCUUAUUUCAGGGACAAAUUAACACAAUCAUAAAUAAAAUGUUAAUUCUUAAUACUUUGUUAAUAUUUUGUUGAGAAUCCUUUGCAGACAACAACUGCUUGAAGUCUGGAAUGGAUGGAUAUCAUCAAACACUUAGUUUCCUCCUGUGUGAUGCUUUACCAGUUCAGUCGUUGCAUGUUUAUGGGUCUUUCUGUCUUAAGUUUUGUCUACAGCAAGCAAAAUGCAUGCUCGAUCUAGUUGAGAUCAGGUGAUUUACUCAGCCAUUGCAGAAUAUUCCACUUCUUUGCUUAAAAAAACGCUUGAGUUGCUUCCGCAGGAUGUUUUGGUUCUUUGUUCAUCUGUAAAGUUAAGAGAUGUCUAAUCAACUUUGUCAACUUCAACAUUCUGGUACAGGUUGAUAUUAGUUUCAUCUAUCCAAAGAAUUCUGUUCCAGAACUGGGCUGGCUUUUUAGAUAUUUUUUGGCAAAGUCUAAUAUGGACUUUCUAUUCUUGAAGAUUUUUAAUGGUUUGCAUCUUUUGGUGAGCCCUCUGUAUUUGCUCUUCUCAGGUCUUCUCUUUAUGGUAGACAUCCUGGAGAGUGUUCUGCACUUAGUUGUGAAUUGGUUUUUCUUUACCAUGAAAAGGCUCCUACAAUCAUCCACCAUUGGUAAACCAAGCCCAAACAGUGCAAAUAAUAAUUAAAAUAUAUACAUACAGAGAAUCCUCUAAUUAGGAAUGUAUAAAACCUUCAAGGCAAAAAAGUACAGAACAAUAAUAGUGCAAUAUGUCAAGUGAAAUAAGAGUAUAUAAAAGCUUAUAAAAGACUCACUCACACUUUGCAGAGCUACUCAGAGCUCUGCCGUAUAGCGCCUAGACGGUAUAAUCCACAUACAUUCCUAAUUAGAGGAUUCUCUGUAUGUAUAUAUUUUAAUUAUUAUUUGCACUGUUUGGGCGCGGUUUUACCACUUUUGUCUCUUCUGUUUUACUACUGUGAGCAGGUAUUGGGAAUUCCUGCUUGGUUCACUGCUGCCCACCUUUAGUUUAUUUAGUGAGCGCCUAACUCUUCUUUGUUGUGAAUCAUCCACCAUUGUUGUUUUCCAAGAUGUCCAGUUCUUUUUGUGUUGCCGAGCUCACUUGUGCUUUCUUUUUUUCUCGGAAUGUACCAAACUGUUUAUUUGGCCACUCCUAAUGUUCCUGCUAUCUGUUUGAUGUAGUUUUUUUUGUGGCUUGUUUCACUUGCAUUAAGAGCUCCUUUGACUGUGUGUUGUAGGUUCACAGCAACAGAAACAGUUUCCAAAUGUGAAUGCCACACCUGCAAUCAACUCCAAACUGUUUACUUGCUUAAUUGAUGAAGAAAUAACGGAGCAAUGGCCCACAACUGUCCAUGAAACGGCAUUUAAGUCAAUUGUCCAAUUACUUUUGGUUCCUUGAAAAAGAGAGGGCUACAUAUUAAAGAGCUGUAAUUCCUAAACCCUUCUUCACAUUAAGCUGAGAGUCUGGACUUAAAGCCUAUAUUAAAAUUAAUUAUUUAAAUUUUACUUUUUGGUACUUUUGGGGGUAUUUUGGUAAACAGGUGAAGUAACAUAACUUAUGUCAGUGUACAAAAAUGCAUAGAAUAUAUAUCUUAGUAACAGUAGUCAAUAUUAUUUCAAGCCAUAGAUCACACACAGCAGUAUACCUUGUACUUUAUAUAAUGUUAUAUAGAAUACAGAUAUUUCAUAAAAUUCUGUAAUUGUAUUUUUUUUUUUUGACAUAAGUGCGCCCGCCUCUUUUUUCCGUUGUGACGCGAUUUGGAUGAGCUUGCCCCGGAGUACACUUUUGUGUGCCUCCCACAUUGUCAUAUCUGAUACGUCUCCCGUCUCAUUCUCGGUAAAAUAUGUCUGUAGAGUGUCGGUGACUUGGGCCCUCACUGGGAGGUUGGUUAAGAGGGAGUCGUUGAGUCUCCACGUCAUUUUCGUCGGUCUUAUGAGUGGAGAUUCGAGGUCUAUCGACACUUGUCCAUGGUCCGACCACGUUGCAGCGUGUAUGGAUGCUCUCCUAAGUCUUAUUAGGGCUUCUUGUUGCAAUAGUAGGAAGUCUAUCCUGGAGUAUCUUUUGUGUAUUAUGGAAUAGUGAGUGUAUUCUCUGUCUAGUGGGUUUAGUGUUCGCCAGCAGUCUACCAGGCGUAGCGUUUUCAGAAUAUGGUGUAUGGUUCUUAUUUCUCUCUGUGGGAUGCUGCUGUGUCCCGUUGAGGAGUCUACUUUAGGAUCUAGUGUGACAUUGAAGUCUCCUCCCGCGAUCAAGGUUCCUUCCGUGAAGUCCGUUAGUGCCUUCAGUGUGUUCUUAAGGAAUCUAGAUUGAUUGUUGUUGGGGACGUAUAUUGUCGCGAACGUGUAACAUCGCCCUGCGAUAUUCCCCUUUACGAAGGCGUAUCUGCCGUUGUGGUCUAUAAGGCGAUCCUGUUCCUGGAAUUGUAGACGAGCUGCUAUAAGGAUCGCGACCCCUGCCUUUUUUGCUGUAGGGUGGUUGCUGUAGUAGUUAGUGGGGUAGUGUUUGUUCUUGAGUGUCGGGGCCGCUCCUUCUCGAAAGUGAGUUUCUUGGAGAAGAGCUACUGCAACCCUCUUUCUCUGAAGUUCCCUCAGGAGAUUAGUUCUGCGUUCUGGGAGAUUCAAUCCCCUGCAGUUUUGCGUGAUGAUUUUCAUCGGGUCUGGUCUGUAUGCCAUCUUGUCCGUAUCUCUGCGCAAUGGUGGUGUCUUGUCGGGUGCCGGGGUCCCUCGUCCGCGUCCCGCCCUCUAAUGUACGCUGGAGUCGACCGAGGAAGCCCGAACCCGUGGCUUAAUUCCUGGGUUUUGAUGUGGUUCGGCGCCUUUGCGCCGUCCGGUGGUUAGCUCGAGGCGGAUGCGACGGCCGGGUCAGGAGCGCAGGGGGGGGUAGUGACGUUCGGGUGGGUUGUUGGACUGCGGUCACGUGUGAGGUGGUUGGUGUUUGUGGGGUGUUGGUAUUUGCUCCUGUGUGGUCUAGGGGAGUUGUCUGCUCAGGCUCAGUGCCUUUCGGUUAUGUUAUGCUCCGUGUCUGGUUCGUGUGAUGGGGGUGUGUGUUUCUUAUUUGGAUGUUGGAGAGUAGGAUAGGUGUGGUGUGCGUGUCGUGGUAAUGUGAGGAGGUGAACCUCUCCGUGGAGAGGGAGUUCGUGUGCCUACGGUGGCGGUCGGAGGGCACCCCGAGAUCUAUCCCGGUGGUGUACCAGUCGGCCUCCGUAGUAUCAAGCGUGCGCACCGAAAGGGGUGGGUAGCGUGUCUGGGCCCUUAUCCGUUUAGGCUAUGGUGCCUGUGUGGUAUAUGCGGUGUUAGUUGUAGAGUUGAUACUUGAGAAGGGUUGUGUAUCGUCGGUAAAAUCUGUCAGUUGUGUAGAAGUGUAUUUCCGUUUGGGGUUGUAGCGUCCGUCCACUGUAGUAGAGGUGUUAUAUAGUCAUCACUAAUGCCAUUGGUGUGUGCCUGUAGUGUUUGCCUGUUUGUUGCGCCUUUUCGGUGUCGCUGGUAUCGGGUGGGGGGAUGUACCGCAAGGGUAAUUUGCGCGUAGUCAAAGUAGGGGCUUGAGGAUAUCUCUUCGGGGUGUGUGCAUUGUGGGUCCUCUUCUCAUUGUGUCUGGGUCGUUGCAUCUGGGUUAUGUUGAUGUAUUAUUAUUUUUUAUUUUUUUUUCCCUUCUUUCCCCCCUCCCCUCUCUAUGUCCCCUCGCCCCGUCUCCCGCCCCUUUUGUUCAUAUUUCACAACCUCCAGGGGGUGGUGGGAUGGUCGUCUGCCCAGUGUCUUCCCGUCAUCAGUGUGUCGUCUGAGUGAGGCAAUUGUGAUUGCAUGUAGUGUAUGGACCUCUUUGGGAGCAUGUUGUCUAUACAUGUCGGUCCUUUUGACGUGGGGGGGAGGGCCCGGUAAGUAACACAGAGUGAGAUUGCAUAGUCUAGCCAUUCAAAAUAGGUUACUCACAAUAGUCAUACAAUAAGGAGCAGUCUCGGGCUUCACAAUCAGCUAUACAUUUAGUAUGGAAUCAGUUCUUUGUCUUCACGAAAGUCAAUGCUGCAGGAGGUCUCUAGGACCCAAUCUCUAUGUCCCCAGCCCUCCCCCCUGUGAUCCCCCUCCCCAAUAGGACUUACUCCCCUGCUGUAGUUUUCUUCCCGCCCCUCCCUUUUCGUCCCCUUGUUUUUUUUUUAUUUAUUUAUUUAUUUUUUCGUUUUUUUUUGUUUUUUUUUGUUGUUGUUUAGAACCCUUUCGUGUUGUGGAGGACCCAUUUGCAAGUGAGAUAUCCCUUAGUUCGGUCAGUAUCAAGGUGAAGAGUGGUACCCUCCCACACCAGGGGGGUGGGGGGGGGGUGUCCCCUCUGUUAGUCUCGUGCCAAUGUGUUAGCUACCCAAUGUCAGAGUACCUGAUUCUUGGGGUGCGGGUUUGCCUCCAGGUGCUUCUCCAACGUGGGUUCCAGCUGUCUGUGUUGUCUCGGGAUUGUGGGGUCUACAGGAGCGGUGCCGGUUGGUCUGGUAGUGGGUUAUUCCUCUGGGUUGUUUAGAUCUGGUCGGUGUCGCGGAGCUUCACCCUGAGAGUUCCAUCUUCUUCGCCUUGCUUGUCGCUGCGGUUGUGGUCUUGGAUCCAGCGGCAUGAUCCAGCGGCAUGAACUGGGGUUGGCGGCAGGUUCAGGCGUUGUAGGAAUUGAGGAAUGUCUUCUGGCCAUCGUGCGGAGACCCAUUCGUUAUUAUAGCGAACUGUGAUGCUAAAUGGGUAACCCCAUCUAUAUUGCAUAUUCCUCUCCCUCAGGAUGGUGGUAACCGGUCUCAGGGCUCUUCUAGCUUCCAGGGUCAUAGGUGAUAGGUCAUUGUAGAGGGAUAUUUCUGCGCCCCUGUAGUUCCAGUGGGCCCUGGAUCUAGCUUUCCUCAUGAUCAGAUCUUUGAUGGCGAAGGAGUGCAGGCAGCAUAUUAUGUCCCUGGGGGUUCCUUCCGUGGGUCUGGGACGGAGUGCUCUAUGUGCCCUGUCAUAUUUAAUAAGCGCUGGUGUGUCCUACCUUAGGAUGAUGCGGAAUAGGGAGGUGAGCAUCUCCUCUAUGUUUUCCCCCUCUGUAGAUUCAGGUAUCCCCCUUACCCUGAUAUUGUUGCGACGACUGCGGUUGUCCUGGUCCUCUAGCUGUCGCCUCAUGGCUAGUAUGAGGGUGCCCUGGCGUUUGAAGGCCGUGUCUGUGGCUGUAGAGUGGUCUUCAGUGGCCUGUGCCCUUUUUUCUACCUGCUGUAUGCGGUGUUCCUGUGCUUUGAUUUCAGCCUUCAGGCCGGUCACUUCAGAUUUAAUUACUUCAUGUAGAUUGUUAGUCAGGUGGGUGAGGUCAUCUUUUGUGACCAUCCUCAUUGCCAUGCGCUUUAAUUCUGCUCCGAUGUCUGCCAGUGUAGUGGUGUCGGCAGUGGAGCAUGUGGAUGCUGGCGAGGUCGGCGCCAUUUUGGAUGUCGGGGAGCUGGGGUCCGGGCCGCAUGGCGCGUGGAGGAAUUCAUCCAUCGGCCCCGUUUACGACCCUGAGACGGAAGGUUUGGGGGUCUGGGGUAGGUCCCCUCUCUUUGUGCGACCCAUUGGUGGCAGUGCGUGCCGGUGAGUAGUGGGUUGCUCCGUUCUAUAUGCUUUCGUGGAGCGGAGCACAGCGCUUAGGCGGCCAUGUUCGUCGGAGCCCAGGCCACGCCCCUCGUAUUUUUUUUUUUUAUUGCUUUUGUUUUCUUUUGAAUAAAAAAUAACUGAGCUGGAAAAGCAAUGGAGUUGACAUUUUUCCAGUGAUGCCUAGAAUUUGCAGUUCGUUUGACAAUUUGACAAAUUCUAGUUUAAUGUAUAAAACUCUUAUAUGUUUUUGUAUUUUUUUGUCUAGUGCUUUUUUACGUUUUAGCAUCUACAUCGUGCAAAUCUGUUUUUAUUAUUGCUGAGAUAUCUCUAAUAAUAGAUGUUGGUUACAUAUCAGUUACAUGCUUUGGUUUACUAUUUCUGGAUAUGUUUUUAAAAUGAUUUAAUAUUCUGAAACUCAUUUUAAUAUUUUGAUAAUUGUAUGUAUUGAUAUAUUAUUUAAAAAAAUGUAUUAAAUAAUUUGAAAAGCUUAAAAUAUUUAAUCAAAGCCAAUCAGAACAUUGUCAUCUGAAAAUUAUUGUUAAAUGUGCCAAUCAGAAUGAAAUCCAGUCGAAUCAACAAGUACAAUACAUUGUUAAUUGCCCCACUUUUUAGACUUUUCAGAUCAACGCACUUUUAUAAUUCUUAUGUCAGUUUAAUAUUUUUGUAAAAUUUUCAAAUUAUCAAGUCUGGCCUCGAUUUAAUUUAUUUAAUUUAAUUUAAAAUCUGAAAAUAUUCCAUUCUGACCUCAAUUUAAUAUUAUUGGAUACGCUUCAAAUUAUUUAAUAUUUUUAGAUAAACUUUUCAGGUGAUUUUUUUUAUUCUAAAUAAUAAAAUAUCAAAAAAUAUAUCACAUAUAAAAAUAGACGUACUUGGAAACCAGAGAAUAUCUAACAAUUUCUUGUUAUAUCAAUAUAUCAAUAUAUUUAAAAAAUGUAUAUAUAUUCUAUUGUAAUGUUAAAACAAUUUUAAAGCUUGUCUGGAAUAUAACUUUUAGUUUUGAAGUCUCAGCUUAAUGUAUCUUUCCUUUGAAAAGAACCCAAAAUGAUUUGACUGUGAAUUGCAUACUGAAGUCAUGCAUUUUAUAGUCCUUUCUUAGAUACCAAUUUUUUUUAAGUUUGAGAUGUUUUAAUUGGCUAUAGUAUUAAUGACCUUCCUCUUUUGGAAUCGUGAAACUGACCCUUGAUUUGUCUGUUUUUCUCUUCAGAUGACACCAAUUUGAAGCCUGAUUUUCUCAAGUUUUUGUACAUGCUCUGGACUUGCACUUUGUGUGGUAAAUGAUGGUUUUUCUUCAGAGACAUAUUUACUGAGACCUGCAUUUUAGUUCCACAGCCUGAUCUAAAUUUUUUUUUAUUUUUUUAAAAAGGACCUAGUAUCAAGUAAUCAUAUAUUAAGAAAAUAACAAAAUGAGGACAAAAAGGAAGAAUGAGAUAGGGAGUCCACCCACAAAUAAGUGGUGGACACCAGACUCAUUCAAAAAUACCUCUUCUUGUGGAGAGUAACAUAAAUAGGGUAAUAACCUUUAUUAAAAAAUUGCUAGAAUACUAAGUGCACCAAAAAAGUGUAUAAACGGUGAUAGAGUGAACAGCAAAAAAACUUAAAAAAAAACCUGGGUCAAUUACUCCUAAAAGUCACGUAACUACAUAUAGGGUCAGAGUGGGUGAGUUAUAUAUAGACCUCGAACGGGUCAGAGUAAAGUUGUAGUCACUAGUAUAGGCGCCCGGGCAGGUCCUGAAAGGGCUAAACAGGGGUGUUGAAGAUACAGCUCUUGACAAAGGUGUAGUGAAACGACGAAACGCGGGUCGAGCUGAUAUUUGCCAAUGCUUCUACCUUAAUUUAAGUUACACUUUUACUUUAUUUACUUACCUGGGCUCCAACGGUGUCUGUUAUGCGCUAGAGCAUCUCCUUAAUUUUUCAGGGAUAUGGCUAGGCUGCCUUGAAGCAGCAGUGAGUUUUACCAUCCAUUUUUGGGCUAGACAGUGAGUCUAGGGCGUCCUAGGGUGCUACUUUUUUCAUCUCCCUCUUAGUACCGGGAGAUUACCUACUAAGGCAAAGUUAGCUACAUUACCUCUUUACCAACUCUAAUCUUGGAUAUCUAGAGCAAGAUAGGGGCUGCCUGACUCUCUUGCACUUUGAUGGAGAUGUAUACUUUUUGCAUUUAGCAUUAAUAUUUUCAUCCUCUACCCUAUAGGGAGAUGCGGGUAUCUUCAACACCCCUGUUUAGCUCUUUCAGGACCUGCCCGGGCUCCUAUACUAGUGUCUACAACUCUGCCCCAUUUCUGGUUUGUCGGUACUAUAACCACUGCUAGACACCUACUAUCCCACAUUGAAUCUCUGCUCUUAUUUGCGCUAGUUAUCUUUUUUUACUGUAUAAUCAGACUGAACCGUGCUGUUACAUACUUAUUAGGGACUUUGGUGACUUUACUCUGACCCGUUCGAGGUCUAUAUAUAACUCACCCACUCUGACCCUAUAUGUAGUUACGUGACCUUUAGGAGUAAUUGACCCAGGUUUUUUUUAAAGUUUUUUUGGUGUUCACUCUGGUGCACUUCGUAUUCUAGCAAUUUUUUAAUAAAGGUUAUUAACCUAUUUAUGUUACUCUCCACAAGAGGAAGUAUUUUUGAAUGAGUCUGGUGUCCACCACUUAUUUGUGGGUGGACUCCCUAUCUCAUUCUUCCCUUUUGUCCUCAUUUUGCAGCUCUCCAGGGUUAAGCCCCCAAUACCUCCUGUAACCUCCUUCGAGGUACUGGUGUUGGAUCAUUCAACACCAUAACCUUUUUCUUUCUAUUUAAGAAAAUAACAAUUGUAAAGGCUGGACUAAUGUAUCAGAAUUGGUCAGUUCUAUCUAUAAUUGUGCAAAAUAAUAUAUAUAGGCAUAGAGUGUCGGUAUCCUUUCUUUAUCUAUAUGUAGAUAUAGAUAUACAUUUCUUUAUUAUGUUGCUAAAUAAAGUUUACACACGCAUACAUACAUUAAUAUAUUUGAUUUUCCCAAAGAACUUUGUGGAAAAGGUAGGUGUAAAAACAUAUUACACAUAAUAAUCUACAUAUAGAUUAAUAUACCGAACAAAAGAAUGUAUAAAAGUACAUACUACAUGUAACAUUUUAGUGCAAUAAAAUAAAUUAACAAUGUAAAUAGAAAAAAACUACUGAAAUAAAGAAAAUGUAUCAUGGAAAAGAAAAUGAAAUAUAAUUAGUCGAUCUCAAACAUGUAUGUAUUAAUAAUGUUAUCUACUUUGUAAAAUAAAAAUGUAAUUUCACAGUCUAUUUUUUAAAAACCAAAAACAAAUCAUAACUGUAAAUCUUUAUUAAAA